AAUUCCCCCCCUCUCCCCCCCUCCCUUCUCCCUCCACCUCUCGUUCCCUCCACCCAAUCAUCUCAAUCCCUCAAUCUCCAGAAGCCCUAACUCUUCUCUUCUCUUCUCUUCUCCAUUGAAGAGGCAAAAGAGAGAGUAAAAAACAGAGAGAGAGAGAGAGAGAGAGUGAAUCACUUACUCACCCACACCAUGUCCUCCUCUUCCUCCUCUGCUGGCGCUGCCGCCGCCGCAGCGAUGUUGGCGUCCUCGGCGGACUCGCUGUCGUCGCGGUCGCUGCUCCUCCCCUCCCGCCUGCCGUUUCAGCAGCAGCAGCAGCAGCAGCAGCAUUCCCCGGGCCUCCUCGUCCGGCGCGGCGCGGGGUCGGCGGCGGUGCGGUGCGGGCUCCGGGAGCUCCGGGAGCGCAUCGACUCGGUGAAGAACACGCAGAAGAUAACGGAGGCGAUGAAGCUGGUGGCGGCGGCGAAGGUGCGGCGGGCGCAGGAGGCGGUGGUGAGCGGGCGGCCCUUCUCGGAGACGCUGGUGGAGGUGCUGUACAACAUCAACGAGCAGCUGCAGAGCGAGGACGUGGACGUGCCGCUGACGCGCGUGCGGCCGGUGCGGAAGGUGGCGCUGGUGGUGGUGACGGGGGACCGGGGGCUGUGCGGGGGGUUCAACAACUACAUCAUCAAGAAGGCGGAGUCGCGCAUGGGGGAGCUGUCGGCGCUGGGCAUCGCGUACACGCUGAUCUCGGUGGGGAAGAAGGGCAACUCCUACUUCCAGCGGCGGCCCUACAUCCCCGUGGACCGGUUCCUGGAGGUGGGCAGCCUGCCGACGGCGCGGGACGACGUGUUCGCGCUGUUCGUGAGCGAGGAGGUGGACAAGGUGGAGCUGCUGUACACCAAGUUCGUGUCGCUGGUGAAGGCGGACCCGGUGAUCCACACGCUGCUGCCGCUGUCGCCCAAGGGGGAGAUCUGCGACAUCAACGGGGUGUGCGUCGACGCGGCCGAGGACGAGCUCUUCCGCCUCACCACCAGGGAGGGCAGGCUCACGGUCGAGCGCGAGACGGUGCGGACGCCCACGCCCGCCUUCUCGCCCAUCCUGCAGUUCGAGCAGGACCCCGUGCAGAUCCUCGACGCCCUGCUGCCGCUCUACCUCAACAGCCAGAUCCUGCGCGCCCUGCAGGAGUCGCUCGCCAGCGAGCUCGCCGCGCGCAUGAGCGCCAUGAGCAACGCCAGCGACAACGCCGUCGAGCUCCGCCGCAGCCUCUCCAUCGUCUACAACCGCGAGCGCCAGGCCAAGAUCACCGGCGAGAUCCUCGAGAUCGUCGCCGGCGCCAACGCCCUCACCUAAAAUCAAUCAAUACCUCUUCUCUUUUCCUUCCUUGCUGCCGCCGCUACCGCCGCUGCGGCGCCAUUUUCAACUUCUCUUCUUCUUGUAAGUGCUACUUAUUUAAUUUCCAAAAUUUUCUCCCCAAGAAAAGGAAAAAAAAUA